CUUAGAGCACAAGGAUAGCUCUUAUGGUGUCACGGCCCGCGCGUGUCGCCCGAGGCUCACGCGCCAUCAGCAGAUUAGUUAAGAGGACUCAAGCCUUGGAUUCGCAACAGGCACAAAGGCGGCUCGCAACAGCUGGACAAAACAGGCUGCUACGAAUCCAGAAUCCAACUGCGGAAACAAACCUUUUAGGUCGGUUAAGGGAUAGGUAGGUGAAGGGAUGAUUUCGUCAUAUGUAAUCUUGGAACCGUUGGAUUAAUUCAAUCCUGACCAUUGAUUCAUAUAAGCCUCAUGGAGGCUUCCAGUAUAAAAGGGACCUUACAAUGAUGCAUUUUACCAUACAAGUUUCAGCAUUACUAGCAACUCUCCUAUUUUCCAGCCAUUGCCUUUCGUUUGUUCUUUUGAACGUUGGCAUAAGUCCAGCUCGUGACACGGGCUUUGAUCAGUGAAUCUACAUGGAACCAUCACGAGCUCGGAGACCCUUUGACUUCUCAGAAGAAGAGGUUCUUUUCCUUUCCUUCUUUGAAAAAAACAAAUGAUCUUUUUUCUUUCUUUUUUCUUGUACGAGAGAAUUGAAUGGAAAAACCCAUGUUAAAUUUUGGCUUUUGGGUAUGUUUGGUUCAAUUUGCGUUAAUUUUCUCGUAUAAGUUUCCUCUGGAAAUGUAGAAGGUUAAUCUUGGUUCCACAAACAUUUUAUUUUUCUGGGUUUUCUUUUUUUUUUUUUUUCUUUUGGGAAUAAUCUGGUGCUUGCUGUAUAUUAUGAAUUUUCUGAUAUGGAAAUACCUUUAUACUAAAGUAUUGAUCUUUGAAUGUUAAAGUGAAAUGAUACCUAAGAUGUUUUUGAGUGUUUUGUAUUAGAUGAUACCAUGGAUUAUGCUAAGGUGCCUUUGGUUGAUUGGUAUUAUGAUUGAUUGCGUUGUUGUUAUUCAGUCAUUUCUAUUGGAGAAAGAUAUAGAUAAGAAACUGGGUAGGAGAGAACGAGAGAAAAACUAGUUUUGAAGACCUGGAAAAGAAUAAUUGAAGGGGUGUUCCAAUCUCUCCAAUGAAUUCCAUAUUGGAAAAAGUGGAGAAUGAGAGAAAAACUAGUUCCAAUCUCUCUAAUGAAUAUCAUUUUGGAAAAGAUUGCUGAAUACUUGCAUCUCAUGGACAUAGAGAAAGAGGACCGGAAAGUUAAACCUACUGAAACUAUAAAAAAUUUCAAUGAGAAGGGAAUCAUUUCCGAGAAUAUUCAGGAUUGUUCCUUUUCUAGCCAACCGCUCAAGGAUGAUGAAAGGCUAGUUUAUCUUGGUAAUCUGACAGACCAUGUAGUUGUCAAUAAUUUUUUUAGAUUUAAAUUACUUGUCAAAAUACCAUCAGAGAAGAGGACCAUUGUGGUUGAAGCAAGGGCUCUUGAUACUGUCCAAAGGAUCAAGUCAUCGAUCCAGUUGAGAGAGGGGAUAGAAAUGGAUCAGUUCUCGCUUGUCUAUGAAGGAAAACUAAUUGAAGAGGAUAGGAUUCUGAGCUCUCUCAAUGUAAAGAAUGAGUCAACCAUUUGUCUUGUUUUCUGCCCAAAGGAUGUGCUGUCAAUUUAUGUGAAAGCACUAACUGGAGAAGUUGUGAAACUCAAAGUUAAGGUUACAUUUACUGUGGCUGAUGUCAAAGCUAUAGCUGGGGGCAAGUUGGGUUCCUCAGUAGGCAGUUUGUUCUAUUUAGGACAGCAGCUUGAGGAUUCCAAAAUCUUGGCUUGUUAUGACAUCAAAGAGGAAUCUAUGCUAGAGAUGUUGCAUCCACAAUUUCAGAUAUUUGUUAGAACCUGGAGUGGGAGAACCUUAACUCUUGAUGUAAAGCAGAGUUCAACCGUCCAAGAUGUCAAGGAUAAGAUUUUUCAGAAGCUGAAGAUUCCUGUUCAUCUUCAGAGUAUUGUAUUUGCUGGAAAACGACUUGAAAAAGGACGUGAUUUGGCCAGUUACAGCAUCCAGAAGCAUAGCACUCUUUGUAUGGUUUUUGCACCCUCAUCAACCAUCAUGCAUAUGAAAGUGAGCAAAAUUAGUAGGCAUAUAUCUCAUUUGACCACUGUCCGAGAUGUGAAAGAAUUGCUUCGAUCGAAAAAGGGAAUUCCAGUGAAGGAAGUGCUAUUUGAAAAGGCGGCAUUGCAUGAUGACAUUUCUUUGGAUCAGUAUGGGAUCCACAAGAAGGCCACAUUGGCUAUUGUCUAUUAAAUGCUGUGAAUGCAAAUGUGAAUCCAGCUUUUUUGACCAAAGCAAAGUAGAUCAGACUGGUAUUUGAAUGUGAAAUUUCUAGAAUUCUAUUAUCUCUGUUUUUACAGCCAACCCAAGAAUGGGAUAUAAGGCUUAGCUUGUUGAUAUUGUAUUGUUUCUGCUUUUAUUUCCCUGGAUGUAUUUAUCUUUGGUUCUUCGGUCUUGAACAAAAGUAUUUAGUUAGAAGACUUGGCUGGAA